AUGAAGCGCAAACAAGAGCGUAACCGCAAGAGCUUGGUUGUAGCGCUCAACACAUAUGCCAAGCGAAACAAUAUGCAGAUUACUGACUUGGAAUUUGUGGAAGAGAAAGAAAGGAAUCUAGUUGGUGGAGUUGCAGCAGGAUAUGUGCAUUCCAACUUUGUUGCAAAAGGUGUGGAUGGCAGACCCACUUUGUUCUUUGCUGAGAUGCUCCAUGGUUGCUUCUUGCAAGAGCAUGUUAUUCUCUGCACUCCUUUGGAAGAUACGGACUCUGGUUGUUGUUUUGGGUGCAAUCAGCAUGCAAGGAAGCUCAGGCAUCCCACAUGUGGUGGCUACUUGGGUGGACUCGAGGAUGUGCGGUUUCCUUACGUGGAGGAGGACAGUGAUGAUGAUUGCUUUCUUGAUUGA